AUGGUCGCUAUCACUGCAUCGAAACACCAUCUGGCAAUCGCAGAGAUAGUCCUCUUUUGCCUCGUCCAACUCAUCCAGUUCAUUACCCGGUACUCCCAGGAAUGGCGGUACUGGCACCACACCAAGCGCAAGUCACAUCCGCGGUGCAUCUUCUACGCCUGGUUCGGAAUGAUCGGGCUGCUCGCGCAAGUACGCAUUGCCAGUGCAGCGAUCGUGCUUUCCGAUCCUCACCCCAACAAGACCAAACUCAUAGCCGAGCAGUCUCUCCAACACAUCGGAUUAUCCCCUCUGCUCUUUGAAAUGAGCCUCGUCCUCUUGCGCAGCGGCCAAACUGGUCGAUCAGGCCCCGGAAACUCGCGAUACCCCAGAUUCACCCGCUUUGCCCUGCACUUCUUCCGCUUCCCCGUGUUCUUCGGCAUCGUGCUCCUCAUUGUCGCAGCCUGCACGGGUAUCCGCGCCUGCGCCCUCGCCGGGGCUAUUGUGCUGCUCCUCGCCUUCGCGGUCGGGGUCUUUCUCACCGCGUGGCUGGCCAUCGGCUAUCGCACGGUACUGCCGGCCUGCGGCCGGCACUGUGUUCUGCUGGUCCUAUGCGCUGUUCCCAUGUAUACCGUUCGCAUCGCGUACGCGCUUUUGACCGAGUUUGGCCCGACAACAUUCAAAUCAGGCCACGAGCAGGUCAGGGUCACGGUUGGUAUGGGACUCUUGAUGGAGCUUGCGAUCAUCACGUUGUUGUUCGCAGCGCGAACUGUGGCGGAGCCGUUUUGGGCGACGGACUGUGUUGAGGGUGUACAGGCUUGA